GUUUUAUGUCAUCAAAAACAAUAUUUUGUUCAUUCGUAGAUAUCAUUUGCAAGACUUCCAAAAUAAUGUUAAUGAUUGCAUACAUAUUUUAAACAUUUGCAACAUGCAUUCUGGAGCCAGUUCCCACCCAGUCCUUCUCACCACCUCUCCCACCACACUGCUCUUCUCCACUCAGUGUUAUUACUCCACAUCCACAGGCCAUCACUAGCAGACCUCUUGGGUGGUUUCCAAGACCCCAGCUUGGCCUUCAAGACACUUAAUCAUACCAGGGUCUUCCUUCAACAGCUCACCAGAAUAUAACUGGAUAACUUGCCUGCUGCCAGUACCUCCAGGCCUCUAGAGGUUGUGGCACCACAGCCUGCACAGCCCCUCAAAUCCCCAACAAGAACAAGAACACAACAGGGUAGUGGGAGUGAUGGCUUCAAGACACACUGCCACUGUACAAGGCAGCUGUUACUCUUGUACAUCAUGUGCUGCUUACUAGACUGUGCCUAAAAAUCUGAGAGGAAAAAGUAAAAGCUCACAGGACUGGUUGACAAGACAGCUAAAUGACCCUUAUGUGAAGUUGACCAAGCAACAUCAGUGCAGGCAUUGUCCAUGAUGCUUCCUGUGUUGUGGUUCCAUCAUGGCAGGCAUGGAAGUGCCUCUCACUACAUCACUGCCUCAUGAUCAUUGAGAGCAUGGACACAGACACUGAGGCCCUAGUGGGUAUGUGGACCUCCUCAAUGGACAGAUGGACAGAGGCUGGUGUGCUGGCUACAUGUAUCAGGAGCAAAUCUCAACCUUCUUCUCUGUUGUGGCAACAGGGAUGACAUAUGAGAUGGCCAUGACCAGCAUGCCCCUUCAGGUGCUACAUCUGCACCUGCCACACAGUCCAUCCUCUGAGGCCGUUGUCCUGCUCAUCUUCCCAAAGCCUCAGCGUUAUGACACCUAUGUGGAUGGUGUCUUUGUUCCCCCAGCCAACCUCAACACCUCUGCAGCCGGCUACAAGCUGUUGCCUGAGAACCCCACCCAUCCUCAGGCUUUCCUUCCCAUGUUGGACAAUGCAAUGGGGACCAGCUUCUUCCAGCGCAGUGCUAAGUUGGUCCAUGUGGUGCUGUGCGAAGGCCACAUCCUUGACAUCAAGACCACACCCAUGAUCACCCUCACCAGUGGCCUCAUGGUGAAGGAAGAUGAGUUUUAUGAGCAGAACGUGGUGUUGAAUCUGGCCAGCCUGUUUGAGGUAUCCCCAGACAACAUCAGGGUCAUCAGUGUUAUGCAGGAGCUCUCCAAGAGACAGCAGGGAAGGCUGGAGGUGGGCACAGUGAGGAUGCAUGUUGGGUCUGGUCUGUGUUGAGUCUGACUGUGGUGG